CACUUCCUGAUUCCCGCUUCCUGCUUCCCAGAGCCUGGGAUCCGGAGCUGCCCGAGGCCGGAGCCGCAGCCCCGGUGCUCCGACAUGUCGGGCCGCAAAGUGGUGCGGCAGAGCAAGUUCCGGCAUGUGUUCGGGCAGCCAGUCAAGAACGACCAAUGCUACGAGGACAUUCGAGUGUCCCGUGUCACCUGGGACAGCACCUUCUGCGCGGUCAACCCCAAGUUCCUGGCGGUGAUCGUGGAGGCCAGCGGCGGGGGCGCCUUCCUGGUGCUCCCCCUGAGCAAGACGGGCCGAGUCGACAAGGCCUACCCGACGGUGUGUGGCCACACGGGACCCGUCCUGGACAUCGACUGGUGUCCCCACAACGACGAGGUCAUCGCCAGCGGCUCAGAGGACUGCACGGUCAUGGUGUGGCAGAUCCCGGAGAACGGGCUGACCUCCCCGCUGACGGAGCCGGUAGUCGUGCUGGAGGGCCACACCAAACGAGUGGGCAUCGUCACCUGGCACCCCACCGCCCGCAACGUGCUACUCAGCGCAGGCUGUGACAACAUGGUACUCAUCUGGAACGUGGGCACGGCGGAGGAGCUGUACCGCCUGGACAGCCUGCACCCCGACCUCAUCUACAACGUCAGCUGGAACCGCAACGGCAGCCUCUUCUGCUCCGCCUGCAAGGACAAGAGCGUGCGCAUCGUCGACCCCCGCCGCGGGGUCCUGGUGGCGGAGCGGGAGAAGGCUCACGAGGGGGCCCGGCCCAUGCGGGCCAUCUUCCUGGCGGACGGCAAGGUGUUCACCACGGGCUUCAGCCGCAUGAGCGAGCGGCAGCUGGCGCUCUGGGACCCGGAAAAUCUCGAAGAGCCCAUGGCCCUGCAGGAGCUGGACUCCAGCAACGGGGCCCUGCUGCCCUUCUACGACGCCGACACCAGUGUGGUCUACGUCUGCGGCAAGGGCGACUCCAGCAUCCGGUACUUUGAGAUCACAGAUGAGUCCCCCUACAUCCACUUCCUGAACACGUUCAGCAGCAAAGAGCCCCAGAGGGGCAUGGGCAGCAUGCCCAAGAGAGGCCUGGAGGUCAACAAGUGCGAGAUCGCCCGGUUCUACAAACUGCAUGAGCGCAAGUGCGAGCCCAUUGUCAUGACCGUGCCAAGGAAGUCGGACCUCUUCCAGGAAGAUCUGUACCCCGACACGGCGGGGCCCGAGGCGGCCCUGGAGGCAGAGGAGUGGGUGAGCGGCCGUGAUGCUGACCCCAUGCUCAUCUCCCUGCGGGUGGCCUACGUGCCCACCAAGCAGCGGGACCUGAAGGUCAGCCGGCGCAACGUAUUGUCCGACAGCCGGCCCGCCCUGACCGCUGGCUCUGCCCGCCCAGGGGCCUCCUCCGGUGCCCUCAGCGGGAGCCUCUCUGGAGGAGCUGGGGAGGCCGGGAAGCUGGAGGAGGUGAUGCAGGAGCUGCGGGCCCUGCGAGCCCUAGUCAAGGAGCAGGGGGAGCGCCUCAGCCGCUUGGAGGAGCAGCUGGGCCGCAUGGAGAACGGGGACGCAUAGGACCACAGACCCCUCCGACACCACUGCCCCCUCACCUCCUGCUCGACCCCACUGUUGCUCAGCCUCUGCAGCGUCACACCACCGGCUGGCUACCCCUGCCGAGGGCCUGUGGGGCGGACUCGGGCCCGUCCGAACCCUGACCCUCCAGGCGCCCAGGCUGGAGCUGGCUUUGGCAGUUACUGUGAAGGUUCUUGAAGCAAGGCAAGCUUGUACUCUGAGGGACCACCCCCACCCGCCCAGGCCCUGCUCUCCCCGGGGAGAGGGCCGAGACGGGCUCUAUAUUUUCAUUCCAAAUAAAAUCCUCUUUGUAAAA